AUGGCUGCUGCUAACCCUGAUUCUAGCUCCCCAGGAGAAGAUUCCAAAGAUGCCAUCACUCACGCGGAAACUACAGUUUCUCAAACACCUGUCGAGCAAAGAGAUAAAGCUGCAGCGUUCUUGAACUCUGUGGACGAAGACACCUCCUUCACGUAUGAAGAGGAGAAAGCCGUCCUAAGAAGAAUCGAUUAUCGUGUUCUCCCACUCAUUCUCUGGGCGUACUUCUUCCAACAACUCGACAAAUCUUCCCUCUCCUACGUCUCCAUCUUUGGAAUCACUGAAGAUGCCAAUCUACAUGGUCGUCAAUACUCAUGGCUCGGUUCCAUCUUGUAUCUCGCACAGCUGGCCAUGCAACCACUUGCCGCUUUUCUUCUAGUCAAAGCCCCCACUGGAAAGCUCAUUGCCGGCGCGAUAUUCCUCUGGGGUAGCUCUCUGGCUAUUAUGUCGGCUUGCACAAAUUUCAGGAGUCUCUUGGGUCUGCGUUUCCUGCUAGGGUCCUUUGAAGCCAUGAUAGCACCUUCUUGCGUCGUGGUGACCCAGUCAUGGUACAGACGAUCGGAACAAACUUUGCGGAAUUCUUUCUGGAAUGGAAUGAACGGUGUCACUGCCAUUAUCGGUAGUCUUUUCACGUACGGGCUCGGUCACAUCCACAGCGACACGUUGUACCCAUAUCAGAUUGUCUUCCUAUUUUGUGGCUUACUCACGGUGGCUUAUUCAAUUUUGGUUCUGGCUCUCAUGCCUGAUUCUCCUAUGGAGGCCAAAUAUUUGAGCCAACGCGAGAAAGUCAUUGCCGUUGAACGACUCCGAGCCAAUCAGCAGGGGAUCACAUCAAGACAAUGGCGAUGGGAUCACGUGUGGGAAGUCGCUACCGAUUUGAAAACAUAUCUGUGGUUUCUUAUCAUCACCUCCAUCUCAAUUCCAAGUGGCGGUAUAAGCACAUUUGGAAGUCUCAUCGUCAAGAGUUUCGGGUACAGCAGUUUCACCACGAUUCUUUUCAACAUCCCCUUUGGAGUGAUUCAAGUCCUGGCAAUCAUCGGAUCCGCCUGGGUUGCUACAAAGUGGCAGAGGAAGGGUCUUGUGAUUGCUAUCGCCUCAACCUUCCCCACGGUCGGAACCAUCAUUCUCUUGACUGUCCCCCGAGAACAGAAAGGUGUUCUUCUCUUUGGUUAUUACUUGAUUUCCUGUCUCGCCUGCAUUACUCCACUGAUUUAUGCGUGGCACGUCCAAAACUCCGCGGGAGAUACCAAACGGAAAUGCACCUCAGCCGUCGUCUUCAUCGGCAUGUGCACAGGUAACGUGAUCGGACCGCUUGUCUAUUCCCCUAACCAAGCACCCCUGUACCGCCCAGGCUUGAUCUCCAACCUCAUCAUGUUCGUCCUGGUCGGCGUCCUCGCGGUGGUCAUCUGGUUCUACCUUGUGCUUCUGAACAAGCAGCAUGCAAGGCGAAGGGCAGAGGUGGGUAAAUCUGCGGAGAAAGUCGAUGAGUCGAUGGUGGGGAAGGACAAGAUUGGUAUCAAUAAGGCCGUCGAAUUGGAGGAAGGUCGCAAUGGGGAGCUGAGAGCGAACGAUAAUGGAUUCUCCGAUCUCACGGAUUUGCAAAAUGAGGAUUUUAUCUACGUCUAUUGA